CCGACCUCGCACUGCCCGUCAAACCCGUCAUCAGUGUCGCAGCAUAAGGCACCUGCAUCCUCGUCGUCGUCGUCGUCGUCGUCGUCGUCAUCGUCAUCGCUAACAUUAAACACGGCGGCUGGCACGGUUCUCUACACGGGUGAUUUUCAGUGCAAGUGCGGCCCACAGGAGCAGGACAUUUUUAGAACAAUAGGCGUGAUGAUGUGUAAGAAUAGAGUCGUGCAUUUCCACAGUGAUCUCUUGUCCGCACACUACACGCGUGGUGUAGCGCUGACGCAUGCCCGCAUGUCAAGCCAGGCAGGACAGCCGAGGGUGUCAACAAGACAGACAAUGUGGGAAUUCAGCUGGCUAUGGACAAGGCAGCCAGCAGCCUUUGUUUUUGAUCGGCUUGCAACAUAAGUGUAUAUGGCCGUUGGCGUAAAUCCUGAUAUGCAGGCUCGAUUUGCGCAGCACCGCAGAAAAAUCAUCGUGAAAAGCGCAGCCGCAUGCGCGGAAAAGGGGACAGGCGAUGGUUGGCCAAGCAGACACGCGCAGCGAGCAAUCCAGGGCAUCACCCUGACGACAUCCCGAUUUCAGCAGUACAUUGCGCACGUAGCAACAAUGCGGCGCAUGCAUUGCGCGUUUUCGUCCAGGAAUCACAGCAGGCAGCACAAAGAACGAGUAGUAGACAAUGACGACAGCAGAGAAGCAGAGGGAAGAAAAACGACUUACCUUGUCCGGUACUCUUGGGUGCGCCGGUUCGCAAUUGCCGGGACCCUCUGAUCCAGCGGGUUUCAGGUCACCAGGCCCGCUCCGCGACAACGCAGGUGAUGCAUGGCUGGACGCCAUCCGGCCAUUAUUAAGCCCGGUAUUGGCAUCAUCUGCCAUGAUGUGGUUUAUAUUGCUGCGCUCACGCGCUCUGCUGUGCACAGACUGGCUAUCCAGCGACGACAUGGACGCGUUCUCCAGCAUGAACUCGAGCACGUCGUGGCAUAGCGGCGACCGGCGGCGGACCUUGCUGUAG